AUGAAGAGAAAACUUUGCGUUUUUCUGGUCUCUGUCUUAGCAUGUCAGUAUGUAUUCUCCUCCACAGCCUGGUGGGAAGGGUUAGAAGAACCGAUCUUUAAGCUGACUCAAACGGAUAAGCGUUUGGAAGCCAUUGUCAGGCAGAUUGAUGACCUGAAUCGACUGAACAGGUCCAAGAAUCGCCAUAUUGCGGCAUUCGCCGUUGGAUCUGACGGCUUUAUGGAUUACAAAUUGAGCUUUAGCUCGGAGUUUGAUGAUAUUUAUAAAGACAUAGGAUGGAUUGACCACCUAUACAAGUAUAUAGGAGAAUAUGAAACGGCCAGGUUUGAAAAUCAUACCCUAAUUCGUUUUGCUGAAGGCACUAUUUCCAAUGAACGCAACGAGAAUACGAUGGAAAAGUUGCAUGCUUCCUUCUUCGGAAGAGAGGACUUUCCCUUCGGAGGGAGGAAUCUACUGAAAUCCGUGGCAGAAGGCUAUCAGAAAUAUCCGAAUAGGACUUGCAGGACGCCACAGUCCUACCAACAACAUCUGUACUUGCUAUAUGUGGACAUCGCCCUCACCGAACUAAAGUCUCUUGUUAUGCUAGAGUGGUCCUGGCUACUUCUCGGACAAUUCGGCAGGACCGAGUUCACCGUGCAGCAGGAAAUGGUGCGGGAGGGCUUCAAGCGCAGGAUGAACCGCACUCGAAUGCUGAUCAAGGACCAAAUGAGCGGUGCUGAUCAAACCGUUUGGCGUUGCAAUCCCCAAAGGCCCAAGGCCGGAGUCACCUACGACGAGGUCACCCGCCUCCUGCAGGGCUACAUAGAGAACGAGGUGGAUCUCAGUGCGGAGGAGACAUGUCGACAUGAUUGCGCCUACUACCAAUCCACGAGAAACGAUAAGGGUUGCCACGGGGACGAGUUCUGCUCCAAGCAGCCGAGGUGCCGGGGUGGCCUGUACAACUGCCAGUUUGUGGAGUCUGACCUGAAAGUGUGCCAGUCGGCGGAGAACUCUCACAGGCGGUACGAAUUCAUUGAGGGCGGAGGGGGACGCCACCUUGGAAGAGCUAAAGCGUGUAGCAGGGGAAUGGACAGAGCUAAAAGCUGGGUUAGCUGGUUUGUCAAGUGCAACUACUGUUUCUGCCUGUGCGAUGAGGAGGGGCCCCAGUCGGAUCGCUACUUCAACCUGCGACCAGCGACCGCCGAUAUAGGACGGAACAGAGUCGUCACUGGACUGCGAUUCAUAAAGCACAAUCGCAUCUUCCACCUUCAAAUCCAGGAGGGCGAGCUCCUGACACAUGGAGUCAUCAACGGGACCACUCUCCAAUGGAAGCCCCUGGACUCUUACAGCAUCUCAGAUAAGGACGUUAGGCAGGACGUAGACUACCACGCGCUGAGCUACGAAAAUCGAUCCAUCAAUCUAGUUGAGGUCAAGGAUGACAACGACUUCCUGGUGACUGGCUUGCGAUUCCAAGUGGUUGGAGGUCAUCUUAAUCUGGAGGCACAGUUCACUGGGUUUGACUUUAAGAGCGGCCAGCUCACUGAGCAGACUUACUGGUCGUCAGCGAACAACGAGAAGGCCAGGAGAAAAGUGGCCCUAGAAAACUCCAAGGUAUCCUCAGAAACCUUCACAUCCUCGGAGCCUUAUCCCAGCGACAACGACCAGUAUGUGGAGUUUACAAACUCGGGCCUUGAAGAGGAUGCCGCGCAGACUACUGUGCCUCUAAUUGACAUCCAAGAAGUUGUCUCGGAGCCUCCGUUCCCUCUCUCCGGAGUUGGAGUCUACUACAAGGGCAGCAAGGGACACGGUGGCUACGUGGCUCCCAAGCUCAUUACCUACGACUUCAGUCAGAAGAUCGAGUUACCCACAAUUUAA